GCAGCCCUCGCGUUGGGCGGUUGGCGGCGCGCUGGGCCGGCUGGCUGUUGGUGGGAUCGUAGCGCAGGCAGCGCCAUGGUUGAGAAGGAGGAAGCGGGCGGCGGCAUCAGCGAGGAGGAGGCCGCGCAGUAUGACCGACAGAUCCGCCUCUGGGGCCUGGAGGCGCAGAAACGGCUGCGGGCCUCCCGGGUGCUCCUCGUCGGCAUGAAAGGCCUUGGGGCUGAAAUCGCCAAAAACCUCAUCCUGGCAGGAGUGAAGGGACUGACCAUGCUGGACCACGAGCAGGUCUCUCCGGAGGAUCCUGGAGCACAGUUCCUGAUUCGGAGUGGGUCCGUUGGCCGGAAUAGAGCCGAAGCCUCCUUGGAGCGGGCUCAGAAUCUCAACCCGAUGGUGGAAGUGAAGGUGGACACCGAGGAGCUGGAGAAGAAACCCGAGUCUUUCUUCAGCCAGUUUGACGCCGUGUGUCUGACCUGCUGCUCCCGGGAUGUCAUUGUUAAAGUGGACCAGAUCUGUCACAAAAACAGCAUCAAGUUCUUCACAGGAGAUGUUUUCGGCUACCACGGAUACACAUUUGCCAACCUUGGGGAGCAUGAGUUUGUGGAGGAGAAAACUAAAGUUGCCAAGGUUAGCCAGGGCCUGGAAGACAGACCCGAUACCAAGAGAGCCAAACUGGAUCCGUCAGAGACCACCAUGGUGAAAAAGAAGGUGAUCUUCUGCCCCGUGAAGGAGGCUCUGGAGGUGGACUGGAGCAGCGAGAAGGCCAAGGCUGCUCUGAAGCGCACGGCUCCCGACUACUUUCUCCUGCAAGUGCUCCUGAAGUUCCGCACGGACAAGGGACGGGACCCGAGUGCGGACACGUGCGCAGAGGACACCGAGCUGCUGCUUCAGAUCCGCAAUGACGUGCUGGACGCGCUGGGCGUGAGCCCCGAUCUGCUGCCUGACGACUUUGUCAGGUACUGCUUCUCCGAGAUGGCUCCCGUGUGUGCCGUGGUCGGCGGGAUCUUGGCCCAGGAAAUUGUGAAGGCUCUGUCUCAGAGGGACCCUCCUCACAACAACUUCUUCUUCUUCGAUGGCUUGAAGGGGAGCGGCGUCGUGGAGUGCCUCGGCCCCCAGUGAGCUGCACACUGGGU